AUGUCCGUGAGUCUGUUGCUGCGAGUCAUCUGCCUUGUCGAGAUCGGUCGAAACAGUCGCCUCGGACGGCUCAAGCGUUCGUGUCAAGUGUCCGUUUGGGCUGCAGCCGAACCAUUUUUGUUCGUCUCCUGGCCGGGACUCGAGGCCGGGGGCGAUCGUGUUAUUGGAACCCGGUCAGAGAGGACGCUGUCACCACUUAAACAGCGCCCCGACGACCACAUGAACGGUUGCAGGCCGGGUUGGGCAAAUUCCGACGGCUAA